AUGAGUUUCACCGAGUUUCAGAAUACUAUAAUUCAAAAAUUGGGAAUGCAACGCGUGAAACGGGUGGAGAAGUUAUUCUAUAGAAUUUUGAUUUUCGUGUUGCGGGAUGAUGUGAAGUACGAUUCCUUCGUCAUAGGCAGUGACGAAGAUUUGCAAGUUUUGUUCCAUUGUCGUCGGCAGUUUUCCAAGGUGAGGAGCCCUAAAAUAUUGGCCAAGUUUAUAGAUGUGGUCUAUAAUUCAGGAGGUUUGAACCAGAAUCCUCAACCUUCAGCAAUGGUUGCCUGCUCUAGUUCAAUGUCUGUUGGUAUCUCUUCAUCUGUGCCCGUGAUUGUACUUGAGGCAGUUUUGGUUGCCACCUCGUCCUUAGCAGAUGAUCUAAACCGCAAUCGUGAUAGAGAAAUAGAUGUACUACAGGAUGAUGAUGAUGAUUAUUUGGAGCUUGCAAUGAUUGCUGAUGAUAGCGAUGAUGACAUAGUGAGGAGUAAUCCGGCUGGGGGUGGUGGAGCGGCUAGUUCAGAAACUCAACAUUUCCACCAGCGCAGAGGUAUUUGGGAGGUAAAACGGUACAAUAGACCUCAUACUUGUCUGACCACGUCGAUAUCGAGUGAUCAUAGGAUGCUUGAUUACCAUGUGAUCUCGACCUUCAUACUGCCUAAGAUUAGAGUUGAUGCUGCCGUAUCAAUCAAGGUACUACUGAAUGCAACAGAGGCACAUUUCAGUUUUAGACCGACUUACAAGAGGAUUUGGUUGGCUAAGCAGAAGGUCGGGGCUCAGAUUUAUGGAGAUUGA